GAUAAAUGACAGGGAUGCAGACCAAUGGUUGGUUCUUAGCAGUCUGAGUACUUUUAAUUGGAAGAGGCAUCAACAUAGUUCUUCACCAACACUGGCAUCAGCAUAGUACGGAGUACAUAGUAUGUAUGUACUGGAGUGGCCGAUAAGAUAACUAGGAUACUAGCGAUGAUGUCAUCAAACAGAUGAACUAAAAUGAUGAUGCAGCACUACUGGGGAUACUAAUGAUUGGACACCCCCCUCGUAGUCCAUAUGAUAAUCUAAAGAUAGUCAUGAACCCUCCUGACACCUUGAAUACUUCCAUACAACAUGAAGAAGCCGUCCAGGUUCCCGAGGAAAUAGUCUUUGACGGGUCCCGAUAUCCUCCGGAAGAAAGAUCGGUAAGCGGCCAACACGCCUCGGGAACAUGACCCCGAUGCCGACAGUGACCAUUUCGACCUCAAACUCUCCCAUCAACUAACCUUCCUCCGAAGCGUCCUCUGGACUGACCGAGUUUGUACAAUGUUGGGUCUAGCUACGCGACGGUCCGCCGCGACCCGCUCGAAAUGCUUAACAUCUGCAACUAAUAGCAUUCUGGGGACAAGGGCAGCAGAGCGCCCGUCACGGUUGUGUCUUGCGUCCAAGGAUUUCCACACUAGUCAACCCAAUGCGGAAUCCCGGCCUACGUGGAUGCCCAUGCGUGUCAAGACACCGUGGAUUGAAGCAUUGACGAAGAGCAGAGAGGAUGCGAAGGCCGGCAAGGGAGCUUCUACGCCGGUCGCGGAGCCCGAUCUGACUCCUAAGAAGAUGUCGGAUAGCCACUAUAGUGCUAUCCUGCCGUUGGCACAAGACAAAUGGCUCCUUGAUACAUAUCUGAAUGCUUCGGGGCAUAUCAGGUUGGGGUCGCUACUGAUGGACUUGGAUGCUUUGGCCGGUAUCAUUGCUUACAGGCACACCGGAGGCUCGGUGACGACCGUGACCGCUGCAUGUGACCGAAUCACCAUCGAACAUCCUCUGAUGGAGAUCUGCGAUCUUGAGCUCAGCGGCCAGGUUACCUACGCUACGGGACGCUCUAGUAUGGAGAUAUCUUUGCAGGUCGCAAAGGCCCCUCCUGAAGGACAGAAGGCGAAGCCUGAGGAUGUUCUGAUCACUUGCGCCUUCACAAUGGUGUCUCUUGAUCCGGUUACCAAGAAACCCGUCAAUGUCGCACCCCUCUUGCUAGAAACUGAUGAGGAGCGUCUUCUCUUUAAAAAAGGAGAAGAGAACUAUCAAGCCAAAAAAGGACUGAGAAAACGAAGUUUGCUUCAGAAGGCCCCAGACGACGAAGAGAGUAACCUGAUUCACUCCAUGUGGACCAAGGAGAUGUCGUAUCUGAGUCCGGAAUCUCCCGCUCAAAGACCAUCAAACAUGGUCUUCAUGAGCGACACCAACCUGAAAUCAGCCAUGAUCAUGCAGCCACAAAACCGCAACCGGCACAACUUCAUGAUCUUCGGUGGUUUCCUUUUGAAGCAGACCUUCGAGCUUGCAUUCUGCUGUGUGGCGUCUUUCUCCCACGCUCGACCCAACUUCAUCUCCCUUGAUCCUAGCACGUUCGAGAACCCCGUUCCCGUCGGCAGCGUCCUGUACCUUCGCGCCACGGUUGCCUAUACAGAGCCUGUCGAAACAGACUCGGGCAGCAAGUACACCAAGGUUCAAGUCCGUGUGGACACCAAGGUCAGGGAUGUGGAGCAUGGCACCAAGAAGUCGACCGGCCAGUUCAACUACACUUUCUUGGUUGAGAAGGACAUCCAGGUCAUGCCGAAGAGUUACGGUGAGUUUAUGCUCUGGACGGAUGCCCGGAGACGGUCACAGAAUGCUGCUGCGUUGGCCCCUGCUGGAUCGAGGGAGCUUAGUGCUCUUAGGGGGCUCAAGGAUAGCGUGACUGAGUAGAUGCUACUAUAUAGAAUAAUAUUUGUAUAUCGUAUGGUUCUGUAUGCUUUUAGAGUCCUUGGGACUCCCGAACGCAUAUGGAUAUCGUUUAUACUUCCUAUCAAAAACAAGGUUAUAGCAACCAGUAAUAGUAAUAUCUGUCUAUGUAUACCAAGCAUGUCCAGAAUACAAAAAAAGAAAGAUCAGUAGAAACAAAGAUCACGAUCGAUCUAUAUACCAGUCACAUGACAUGACAUCUCCGCACCGAUAAAGACCAAAAAAGAUCUUAUCUCUCAAGCUCCUUUUAACCCCUCCAUACAUAUUUGUACAGAGCGUGUAUCCGAUUGUCUCCCAUAUAUACGCUUCUAUUC